CCUCCACCCAAUCCUCAGGCCCGGGCAAGCGAGCUCCGGCGUUCUCAACUGAUGCAUAUGAUGCAGCGAUCACCACCCAAUCCAGUGGAUGCUCGAGCUACGCAGGAAUAUGCCCACAGCUUGAGCCGGAACCAACGCCUGCGUCAACCUCAGGGAGCCAGUACCAAUCCUCCUUUGCAGCCGGAGAAGAGUCUAGACAACCAGAGAAACGGCCGCCCGGACCCGAAGGAGUCGGAAGAACUGAGCGUCAACCUAGAGUGCAAAGUCUGUUUCACGCAAUUGGUCGACACCGUCCUGUUGCCAUGUGGCCACGCGGUGCUCUGCCGGUGGUGUGCAGACACCCAUCUGCCGAGUUGUCGGAAUAACCCGACGCGCCUGGAGGGGGAUCCGAGCUGUCCGAUUUGUCGUGGGCCGGUGAGACACAAGGUA